UUUCACCGGGAAAAAGUUUUUAAAUCUCCGCGGAGGGAUACGAGGACGGCUGGGAAAGUUUAAUUGGACACUUUUUUGUUUUGUUUUUCUUCCGCCAAGACUGCAAAUAGCUCGUUUAUUCUGGAAGUGUCUCUUCUUCUUUAACUUGUGCUUAAUUACUUUUUUGUCCUUAUAUAAAAAAAUGGAUAAAUACGAGGAUUUAGGGUUGGAAGCGAGUAGGUUCAUCGAGGACUUGAACAUGUAUGAAGCAUCCAGAGAUGGCUUGUUUCGAAUGAGGAGGGAUGCGGGAAAUAACCCCGACUUUGAAGAAACGAGAAGAGUUUUUGCCUCUAAAAUGACUAAAAUACACAUGCAGAAGCAGCAGGAGGAAAUGGCCAUGAGCGGCCAGCUCGUUAAAAUGAAUGGGGGUCCCAGCAGCGGGCACCCCAACAACAGACCGCCCCCCAACAGCUCCAGACAGCCGGCUGAGGCGGCGGCCAAACCCCCGAUCCUCUCUGGCCCCUCGCCUGGAAACCAGCUUGACGGUUACAAGCACCAGACUGGUUCCCAGUUUGAUCCAGUCAGCAGGGCUCACUCCUACGGAAACAAUGACGAUAAUCUGGAGCUCUUGGAGAUGCAUUCAUACCAGAACCCUUCUCCAACCAAUUGUGGAAACCUUGCCAGGCACCCCGUGAGCCCACCAGUUGCUUGGUCCCCCUCCAAAGAGAUCAUCAUGACACCCCCAGCAGUGGAGUCAGGGAGCAGCGCAUCCCAGAAGCAGCCUCAGCUCAUACAAACGCCCACCACCAGCCAAAGUCAGAGUCCAGCCAGGGUUUGGCCUGCAGAGCCAAUGGACCCAGCAAAACCAGAUAAGACGAGAGCUGCCUUGGCUCUGAGUGCUUUCACAGGAGGGGCUGACUUCCAUGUUCAGCCCGUGGCACAUUAUAUACCUCCUUCCAACUCUCCAACCAGUCAUAAUGGACCAGUUUUAGCUUCUGCAUCAUCUGAAACAACCCAACCAAAAGUCUCGGUGACUAAUUCUGCUGCUCUGUGCCCCGGCAAUGUCCCCAAAACACAGGGUCUAGGUCUGAGCCCAGUACUUGCCACAGCGCAGGUCAUCAGCGGGGAAGCUGAAGGCCCCCAGUCUCUGCUCACGCAACCAUCUGAACAGGGGCCCUCAGCAGCAGAAAUAAAAUUAGAGGCUCUCACGAAGCAACUGGAGAAAGAGAUGGAUGCCCAAAAAAAGACAGACUACUUUGGAGUGUGUGUGAAGUGUAAGAAGGCAGUUUAUGGAUCCAGCCAGGCCUGCCAGGCCAUGGGAAGCCUCUACCACGACACCUGCUUCACCUGUAGCGCCUGCAGUCGAAGGUUGAGAGGAAAAGCUUUCUACUAUGUUGGAGGAAAGGUUUUCUGUGAAGAGGACUUCCUGUACUCCGGCUUCCAGCAGUCUGCUGACAAGUGCAACGCGUGUGGACAUCUGAUCAUGGACAUGAUCCUGCAGGCUCUUGGAAAAUCAUACCACCCCGGCUGUUUCCGCUGCAUCAUCUGUAACGAGAGCCUUGACGGAGUACCUUUCACUGUGGACACUGAAAAUAAGAUAUACUGUGUCAAAGACUACCACAGAGUGCUGGCGCCUAAAUGUGCUGCCUGUAACCAGCCUAUCCUGCCCUCAGAGGGCUCAGAUGAAACUAUAAGAGUUGUUUCCAUGGACAAAGACUAUCACGUGGAAUGUUAUCACUGUGAGGACUGCGAGAUGGAGCUGAACGACGAGGAGGGCCACCGCUGCUACCCUCUGAACGGUCACCUGCUCUGCCACUCCUGCCACCUGAAGCACAUCCAGCCGGGCUGCCCUCCAUCCAUCCCUGCCUCCUCCUUCUAACGCGUCUGUGGGUGGUGGGGGAC